UGGCGCAGCGCCGGCGGGGGUGGGCGGGCGCGCCGGGUGACAGGUGUCAGCGGCGUCGGCAUUCGGCGGCGAUGGAGCGGCCCCGGGGAGCUGCGGACGGCUUCUCGCGCUGGCCCCUCGGCCUCCUCCUCCUCUUCCUCCUGCAGCUGCAGCCGCCGGCGACGCUCGGCCUGGACCGGCUGGACGCACCCCCGCCACCCGCUUCGCUACCGCUUCGCUGGUCUGGCCCCGUCGGGGUGAGCUGGGGGUUGCGCGCAGCCGCGGCCGGGGGCCCGAUCCCCCGCGGCGGCCGUUGGCGCCGCAGCGCGCCCAGCGAGGAUGAGGACUGCGGCCAGGUCCGGGACUUCGUUGCUAAGCUGGCCAACAACACCCACCAGCAUGUGUUUGAUGAUCUCAGUGGCUCGGUAUCCUUGUCCUGGGUUGGAGAUAGCACUGGGGUCAUUCUAGUAUUGACGACCUUCCAUGUGCCAUUGGUAAUUAUGACUUUUGGACAGUCCAAGUUAUAUCGAAGUGAGGAUUAUGGAAAGAACUUCAAAGAUAUUACAAAUCUCAUCAAUAACACCUUCAUUCGGACUGAAUUUGGCAUGGCUAUUGGUCCUGAGAAUUCUGGAAAGGUGAUAUUGACUGCAGAGGUGUCUGGAGGAAGCCGUGGAGGAAGGAUCUUCAGAUCAUCAGAUUUCGCAAAGAACUUUGUACAGACAGAUCUCCCUUUUCAUCCUCUGACUCAGAUGAUGUACAGUCCUCAGAAUUCUGAUUACCUUUUAGCCCUCAGCACUGAAAAUGGACUGUGGGUGUCCAAGAAUUUCGGAGGAAAAUGGGAAGAAAUCCACAAAGCAGUGUGUUUGGCCAAAUGGGGAUCAGGAACCACCAUAUUCUUUACCACCUAUGUGAAUGGAUCCUGCAAAGCUGACCUUGGAGCACUGGAAUUAUGGAGAACUUCAGACUUGGGGAAAAGCUUCAAAACUAUUGGUGUGAAAAUUUACUCAUUUGGUCUUGGGGGACGUUUCCUUUUUGCUUCUGUGAUGGCCGAUAAGGAUACAACAAGAAGGAUCCACGUGUCAACAGAUCAAGGGGACACAUGGAGCAUGGCCCAGCUCCCCUCUGUGGGGCAGGAACAAUUCUAUUCUAUUCUGGCAGCUAAUGAUGACAUGGUAUUCAUGCAUGUAGAUGAACCCGGGGACACUGGAUUUGGCACUAUCUUUACCUCUGAUGAUCGAGGCAUUGUCUACUCCAAGUCUUUGGACAGACAUCUCUAUACAACCACAGGGGGAGAGACUGACUUUACCAAUGUGACUUCCCUCCGUGGGGUCUACAUAACAAGCAUGCUUUCAGAAGAUAACUCUAUCCAGACCAUGAUCACUUUUGAUCAGGGAGGAAGGUGGAAGCACCUGAGGAAGCCUGAGAAUAGCGAAUGUGAUGCUACAGCAAAGAACAAGAAUGAGUGUAGCCUUCAUAUUCAUGCUUCUUACAGCAUCUCCCAAAAACUGAAUGUUCCAAUGGCUCCACUCUCAGAACCUAAUGCUGUGGGCAUAGUCAUCGCUCACGGUAGUGUUGGGGAUGCCAUCUCAGUGAUGGUCCCAGAUGUUUACAUCUCAGAUGAUGGGGGUUACUCCUGGACAAAGAUGCUGGAAGGACCCCACCACUAUACCAUCCUGGAUUCUGGAGGCAUCAUUGUGGCCAUCGAGCACAGCAGCCAUCCUAUCAAUGUGAUUAAGUUCUCCACAGAUGAAGGUCAAUGCUGGCAAACCUACACAUUCACCAGGGAACCCAUCUAUUUCACUGGUCUAGCAUCAGAACCUGGAGCCAGGUCCAUGAAUAUCAGCAUUUGGGGCUUCACAGAAUCUUUCCUCACCCGCCAAUGGGUCUCCUACACCAUUGACUUUAAAGAUAUUCUUGAAAGGAAUUGUGAAGAAGAAGACUACACUGUAUGGCUGGCACACUCUACAGACCCUGGGGAUCAUGAAGAUGGCUGCAUCUUGGGCUAUAAAGAGCAGUACCUGAGGCUACGCAAGUCAUCCAUCUGUCAGAAUGGUCGAGACUACGUUGUAACCAGGCAGCCAUCCAUCUGCCACUGUACCCUGGAGGAUUUCCUUUGUGAUUUUGGCUACUUCCGUCCAGAAAAUGAUUCAGAGUGUGUGGAACAGCCAGAACUAAAGGGGCAUGACCUAGAGUUUUGUCUGUAUGGAAGGGAAGAACAUCUGACAACAAAUGGAUACCGGAAAAUUCCAGGAGACAGAUGCCAAGGUGGGAUGAAUCCAGCUCGAGAAGUAAAGGACUUGAAAAAGAAAUGUACAAGCAACUUUUUGAAUCCCCAAAAGCAGGACUCCCGCUCACAGGGACACAGCUUGUCCCAGAAUCCAGCUCCGCCUCCUCUUGGAUACACUGAAAACACACACUUCCUAUCUCCCACCCAGACCCAGAAUUCCAAGUCCAAUUCUGUUCCCAUUAUUCUGGCCAUCGUGGGAUUAAUGCUGGUCACGGUUGUCGCAGGAGUGCUCAUUGUGAAGAAAUAUGUCUGUGGUGGAAGGUUCCUGGUGCACCGAUAUUCUGUGCUGCAGCAGCACGCAGAGGCCGAUGGGGUGGAUGCUUUGGACACAGCCUCCCACGCUAAUAAAAGUGGCUACCAUGAUGACUCAGAUGAGGACCUCCUGGAAUAGCUCUUCAAAGGAGCUGGGACCCAGCAUGGAUGUCGGAACCACAGUACCUCCUACACUCCCUGUGGCUCCGACUUGGGGAAAUAAACAAUUUCCCAUUUGCGAGGGACCCAGCUCUGGUUCUGCUGCUUCCAUCAAAGCCAAAAGGACCUACACUAAAGAAAUGCAGGGUGGGGUGGGGAACCCUGAACACUUUCAACAAUUGGCUUUGAGAAGGGGGGGGUGGGGAUUUUAAAUUCUUUAACCUUU